UGAAAAUAAAUUCAUCCGAUCAUUCGCCCAAAAUUAAAUGUAUGUGUAUUUACAUCAAUCAGAUCUCAAUAUAUUUUUAAAUUGUAAUUGUGCAUUUAAGAUUUCUAAUAAUAGAUACGAAUCUCACAUUACAUUUGUCGUUUACAUAUGAUUUGAAACAGCAAUAGUGUUUAGUUUUAAUAUUAUUUGAAGAACUAAUGAACUUACUGUAGUCAGUUUAUACAUUAUACAUGUAUUAAUUUGUUUAUAAUUAAUAUAAUACAUAUUAGUUACUAUCGAACAAAGUAAUAAAGUACAUUUUUAUACUUUUGUUAUAAUCAGUGUCAUAAUUUGUGUACAAAUAUCUUUCUUAUUCUGCAGUAUUAACCAUAAAAUAUUUUCUUAUAACAAGUAUUUUAAAUAUAUCAAAAUGUAAUAUUAUAAACCAACUGAUGUCAUAUUUUAUUACAUGCUUUUGCAAUAUUUACAUACUUGACUAUUCUCUGAUACUAAAUAUUAUGACACUGAAUAAUAUGUUUUAAUUGAUACAAAUAUACGUAUGAAUCUGUAGAAAAAGAGGAAAAAAAUGGUAAUUUUUAUUUGUCUUUAAUUCGAUUAUAAUCUUACAGAAUUCAAAAAUUUGACUUGAUAUUCAAAAAGUGCUAUGAAAUAUGUUUCAAUUUAUAUUGUUAGUAUAUUUUAAAUUGUGCCAAUUCUCUAUAGGGGUAAAAUGGAUCUCCGAAAAAAGUAGUCAUGUAAAAAAUAAUAUGGCACAAUUCAUGGUAUUUCUCUGGUUGCAUUACAUUUCCAGUUGCGAUCUUAUGUAUAUUUUACAUAGUUGAUUUACGUGCGCUUUAGAAGCAAAUUAUGCAAUGUACCUAACUCAGAGUAAAUACUUAUACUUUUCUUUAUUAUGAAAUAUUUGUAUAUUGUUUUAAUGUUGAAAAUACAAUGUUAAAAGAACUUAUACAUGUAUACAAAAUGAAAAGAAAUAGUAAUAGAGAAAUGGAUAAAUAUAUAUUUAUUUAAUAGAAAACAUAAUAAAAUAUAUGUAUAUGUAUAUAGAUAAAAGAUUUUGUGAAACAACAGACAUGUUACUAUAAUUAUAGAUUUUUAACUGGAGGUGACUUAAAUUUAAAUAUAUAACAUAUUUAUGUAGUGGUACAAAAAAAUAAAUAAAUUCCUGUAAAUGUUAUAAGAAUUAAAAUCUUUGUUAAUUUUAUUAUAUUAAAUAUAAUGUUCAUAUCUUCCUUCUGCAUUUUCGAAAUCUGGUACAAUUCAAUAUUAGCUGAUACAAGAACCACAAUGGAACUAUGUGGGUAGGACAGAUUACUACUUUUUUUUAGAGUUGAUCGUUUGGUGCAGCACUUGUCUGAGAACCAUCAAAUUGCACUGAAUCGCGGGUGUGAACAUUCUAAUUUAACUCUCUAUUAAUAAUUUAUUCGUACCAGCAUUAAAAUAAUGCUAAUACCAUAAAUAAAUAUAUACGUUUAUAUAUAUAUGUAUAUAUGCAUACAUAAAUCUUUAGUUGUUAUUUCUUUUUAAAUUCGAAGUGCGUUGUACAUACAGAAUUGACAUGUCUGACCAUCACAGUGGAAAAGGUUAUACACCUUUACCGCAAAGUAUAAGCAAUACUGAUACUGAAGAUGAGGAAGAUUGUUUGGCUCAAACAAACGAAAUUCCUAAAGAUAAUGUCGAUGAUACAAUGCCGUACUUACAACAUCAAUCAACUACUAUCCAUGAAAAUGGAGCAUAUUAUCCACUGGAUGAAACAAGAAAUUUAGCAAAUCGUGCAAAAAAUGGGCAAAAUAUACUUAAAUAUUAUAGAGACGAUAUGCCUAUAAUGGUAGUUGAAGGCGGUGAUUUAUGGAAAAAACGUGAUAUGUCUCCUUUACGACGAUUCUGUUUAAUUGCUUCUGUACUAUUAUGUAUUGCUACAAUAAUUGUAUUUCUAUAUGUCUUACCAUGUGAUAAUUCAAUGGUAUGUCCUUCAAUUAAUGAGCCACAACCAUUUAUUUCUUGGGAUAAAACUUUACAAGGAAAAGAAUUAACUGGUCCUAUUUCUAUUAUUCGUGGAAAUCCAACAAAUCUUAUAUUUCUUGUUCGUGGACAACGAUAUAAAGGAAAUGACACAAAUGAUAGUCAAGGACAGAUAUCAACAGAAGGCGAAGGAGUUAUGUCUAUGCAAGGAAACAGUGGUUUACCAUUGUGGUUUGUUUCAUUGAAAAGAUCUCCUACUGAAAUUGAUUGUAUCACUGUUGAUACAGAUAAAUCAGGAAAACCAGAUUGUAUAGUUGCUGGUGAUCAAGGUCUUUUGGCUAGUAUCGAACCUAUUGCAGGAACCAUACAUUGGAGUUCAAAAAUUCAUACAUUUGAAAAAUUACCACUAAUUUUAUCAGAUAUUGAUUCAGACGGAGUUGAAGAUUUUUUAAGUGUAGAAGUAGCUUCAAAAAAAAUGCCUAAUCUUGUUCUCCUAUCUGGAAGAACUGGUCACCUUUUAGGACAAUAUUCACCUGAAAAUUGUUCAUUGAUUGACUUGUAUAGUCAUAUUUUCAAUAAUACUAUAUCUUAUAUUUGUUAUAAUAAUAACAAGAAAAGUGUUGUUAAAACAAUGACUGUUAAAGGAUUAUUACAUGCUAUAAAAUUACCAGAAGCACAUAAACAAUCUAUCACGAAGUUAUCGGUGACAAUUCGCACGUUUAAAACGUUAAAUAUUGACAAUGAAAAAUAUAAUUGGACACUCACACCAUAUCAUUAUUUAUCUAUAAAAAACGAAGGAACGUGUCCUGGAGAAUUUUGCAAAGCUAGAGUAAAUUUAACGCUACAAAAAUUGGGAAAUCAACCGAUAACGAUAUGGGAUUAUAUUAGUCCCAAUUCUUUUGUAUCAAAACCAGAUUUCUUAGUUAUGUCAGGAAAACCUUAUACUUCCGGAUUUUCUAUUAAAUUUUGGCAGUGGAUUAAUUCAAUGCCUGAACAUACAAGAAAAGUAUCUGUUGUUACAGAAAGAAGAUUAAUAGAAAGAGUAUUAAUAGUUUUUGUAAAUUAUACAGAUGUUCAAGUUAUGAAUGCAAGUCAGAGUGAUAUUAUUCAAUUAUGUCAGGACACAGAUUGUCAACCAGAUCUGAAUUCCCGUGUUCAUUUUAGUUCAAUUAAAAUUGAUAAUAUUAGUGAAGAUGGUUUUCCUGAAUUAAUAACUUACUGGUCCUCCUAUGACAUAGAAUCACUGAAAGUACUGACAUCAAAAGUACAAGUUGUGAAAUUAGAUUCAUUUCUAACUAGUUUUCCGCAUAUGGGUGUUUAAUUAUUUUGUUUGUUCAUCGUUCAUUUUUUUCUGUAGAUAAAACUAAUUAUUAGAUUUUAUAACAUAAAGGUUAUCAACAUCUUAAUAAUGAAACGGAAACGUAUCCGUUCCAUUAAACAAGAGAAGGAAACUUGAGCAGACUUAUUAUUAAUGGUGUCUGGCCAUAAAUUUAUCAGAACUAGUCAGCACUUGCAAUUAGUAAUAACGCAGCAACGAUUUUCAUAGGCGCCUAAUUUACCAUAAUUUUUAACGCGGUAAUUUUCAUAAUCACCAGUUAUUGUUAAUGUUUAAAUAUUUUGAAUGAACUCUCAAUGGUGCCUUGCAAAAUCUAUAUACAAGAAUUACGAGCAAACAGAUAAUUAAAAUUUACGAAGAUACUUGCAUGUUACUAGAGAAAAUUUAUUUAUUAAAAGUUUUACACGUUUAACAAGAUUUUGAAAGAAAUGACAAAGUUCCUUUUCAAAUAUUCCUUAGUAGUGUAUGUAGGAAUGUUUUAUGUAUAUUCAACAGUUUGAGUGCAUUCAUUGCUAAAAGAUUGAUCAUGUUGCACACAAAUACUAGCGCAGUAUUAUAAAAGUUGAAUAAUAAAUAAAACUCAUGCUCUAGUCA